AUCUCACAUGCAACCAUCUCCUCUUCAGAAAUGAUUUCCACCGUCAUUGGUGCGACCGCGUGUGUUUGACAUUGCGCCAGCGCUAUCCAGAGCGCACAAAACGCUUUAGCUGCAGCGGCUAACGGUGUCACCAAAUCUGAGUUCAACUCUAACGGAUGGGUAAUGGGUCUUGCACAUUAAUUAUUGUCGUCAAAUUAAGCAACUGCAGGGAAAUCGAUCAUUAUUAGCUAAUAGACCAGAUACCAUGUUGCAAAAAUCAUCCUGACCACCUUCAACUUCUAGGACCAUGUUUUGAUAACGUUACAUAGUAGCUAACGUUAGUUUUUAAGCUGAUCAGUAGCUGGAUGGCCAGGUUACAUAUUCCACGAACUAUCUUGAGCAUUUUAAGAUGGUGUGACCAGCUGCUAGGUGAUUUGUUGCUGGUCCUACCAGCUAAUGACCAGCUAUAAACCAUUAUAAUCUGGAUUUUUGCAAUAGGGAAUUGUCGUUUACAUAUUUUCAGGCCCAAUUCAUAAUGUUACUUGGAGCUUUUAUAAUUUGAUCACUUGUGCAGUCCUUUUGGAGUAUGACGGGGGAACAUAUGCUCUUUGUUCUUCGCGCGUUGAAGUCAACUCACACCUUCAUUCAGCUGAAUUAUGUCCCGAGCCACAUGGACUCGCGGUUUCUGUGAACUCAUGGAUAAUUCAGGGCCGCUGUGAAGGAGGAGGACUUGGUGGAGGGUUACCCCGGUGAAAUCGGUUUUAAGUCAAGACACUGGAAGCGUUCAAUAACGUUACUUCAGACUGAAUACCUGCGUGGGGUUGCAGUUCAUUCAGCGGCCUACCACGCGCACUGUGUAGCUGCUAGGGUCCAGAGGAGAUGCCACUGAGGUUCCGGUCCUUUGUUUCGUAUACGCUUCCUGGAGUGCUGGCGCUCAUAGGCUGGUGGUGGUACAUCUCCCGCAAGAAAGAGCGAAUCACCAGCCACGACAGUGAGGAGGGGUCAGUUAUGGGCUUGCGAAGCUCCUCUGGUGAGGGGAGCAAUGGGAUGGUCGACAAGAGCUACUCUGCGGCCAGCAGCACACACCACAGAACCAGCCGAGACAGAGUCAAGGCCAAAGAGUACAGACCUGUUGAGCAGGAAGUUGUAGCGGAGAUUCACAUGCCAGUGCUAAAAGCCACUGCGGGAGAGGCUCUCAGCACCCCUCCAGUUGUGUUGGCUAGUGGAAAGCUAAGUGCUUCUCAGAGCAGUACAAAAUCAGUCCCCCUACAGAGCCACCCAGAGACAACAACUCCUGUGUCAUCUUCAACCCCAACAAAAACAGUGGACGAGAGCACUCAUCACAAAGGACCAGAGGCUGCCAUUGGCAGCAAACCCUCAAGCCAGUUACCACCAGAUUUAGUGAGCACUGGUUCAGUCAAGAAGCAGGUUGAAAACCAACCACUAAUUAAGCAGCGUCCUGCAGAGCUAGCCAAAGCAGUGCGACCUGAACCUGAGGGAGAGGUGGCCACUGAAACCUCGGCACCAACUUGCAAUCAGAAUUUGCCGGCUGACAUUUCAAAAGAUGAGCUGGCCUCUGCUACAUCAUCAGCGGAGGGCGAGGCUGUCUUGCUGGAGACCUGCAGCCCGAAAACACCACUGACUCUGACCUCGUUCCCCAACUCCACCAGCACACCCCUUUCAGAAAGCGCCACCGAGGCUCAGCACCAUGAAAACGGAGAACUGGGCUUGCCGGCCGAGACCAGUCCAGACAUACAGGAGCUCCAGCGUCUCGCGGCAGGGCUGAUCACUCAGGUCAUCUCGGCAGCCACCCAGGAGGUCAUGGCAGUCAGCAGCUGUGAGUCCCGGUACAGCAAGGGCUCUGAAGCGGCUGACAGCAGCACACCAGCUGUAAAUGGUAAGGAAGUGGAGUCGUAUGUACCUCCAGAGAGCAUGGAAAGCGCAGAGUCACAGGCGGAGCAGAUAGCAGAAGAAAUCGUCAAUGGUUGUCUGGUUCCUUCGCUCUGGAAAAUGCCAGAGAAUGAGAAGGAAAAAGGCUCUUUGACUGUGUCGUCUGGGGAACAGUUGGAGUCCACGCCGGUUCUGGCCAAGCUGCAGGCAGAGGAAGCUCUGGUGGAAGACUCAGGAUGCAGCACGUGUCAGUCCGAGGAUGGCAUCAGCAGCGAGGAUCUCCAUAGGACAGGGUUGUCCUCGAAUGUGUCUGAAAGUAAAGAGGACCUCAUUCAAAUUUCAGGGACUUGUAGGGCCUUAGAGGGUCAAGGAGAUGGACUGCAGGAGAGUCUUGCUCUAAUUGCCCCUCAGGAGUCCCCACUUACCGCAGAAAACGUGGCUACGGUUUGUGAGGCAGCACGGUUGAAUGGAACAGGCUUUAGGAAUGGCGCCUCUAAUGAGGUAGAAGCUGACCAAUCAGGAGGAUCAGAUGUGAAUAGCAUGGAUUCAGUGGACAGCUGUUCAACCUUGGGGGUAGGAGACAGCCAGCCGAGUGGCAGCCAGACCUGUCAAUCACAGAGCUCUGAGCUUAUUGUGUGGGAGAUUGAGGUGCCAAAGCAUCUAGUGGGACGGCUAAUUGGCAAACAAGGAAGAUACGUCAGCUUUCUGAAGCAAAGCUCUGGUGCUAAGAUCUACAUUUCAACCCUGCCUUAUACUCAAGAGUUUCAGAUCUGCCAUAUAGAGGGAACCCAGCAGCAGGUAGAUAAGGCGCUGGCCUUGAUUGGGAAGAAGUUCAAAGACUUGGACCUGACCAACUUGUACGCCCCACCUCCCCCACCGCUAACGCUGCCCUCUCUGCCUAUGACUUCCUGGCUUUUAUUGCCAAAUGGGGUGACAGUCGAGGUGAUUGUGGUGAACAUUGUAUCAGCCGGUCACCUGUUUGUCCAGCAGCACACUCACCCUACAUAUCACGCCCUGCGCAGUCUGGACCAACAGAUGUUCCUGUGCUAUUCACAGCCCGGGACGCCCCCCUUGCCAUCACCUGUUGAAGUUGGAGUGAUUUGUGCGGCCCCAGCUGUAGAUGGAGCCUGGUGGCGAGCGCAGGUUAUCUCCUUCUACAAAGACUCAACCGAAGUGGAAAUCCGAUAUGUUGAUUAUGGCGGCUAUGACAGAGUCAAGAUUGACACCCUUCGACAGAUAAGGUCGGACUUCGUGACAUUACCGUUCCAAGGAACAGAAGUCUUAUUGGACAACAUUGCCCCACUUCCAGGAGAGGAUCGGUUCUCAGCGGAGGCCAAUUCUGCACUGGAAGAGAUGACAAGAGGAGUUCCAUUACUGGCACAAGUCACCAACUACGACAAUAAUACAGGACUUCCUUUAGUACACAUGUGGAACAUGGUGGGAGAGGAGCUGGUCCUGCUCAACCGCACUUUGGCAGAGCGAGGUUAUGGCACUUGGGUGGACAGUUUCUGAUCCUCCAGAGCUCCCUCGCCCUCCUCUCCUCACUCACCUCGUGGCCCACCUGCCCCUUAAUUAUCAUCAUGAAUAUCUGCAGGUUCUGUCCUCCUCACCCCACCAUGUCCUCCACCUCUUUCUACCUGAAGUGCACAUCACUGGCUCCAGGAGGUUCUUUUUUAGUUUGUUGUCCUCUCCAUCCUGCAUUUUUCUAUUUUCUUUUUCUUUUCUAUCCCCUUGCAUAAAAAAAUCAAUACUGUAUGAAAGGAAAAAACGAAGAGUCAAGUGUCAAUGGGCGAUCAACCAAUAAGGACUGAAGGUUUCUUGACUCUGUGCUCUUGUAAAUUUAAAAUAUUAUAGCUAAAUAAAGGUUAAUCAUGUUUUCCAUC